AUGUCAGCGGACAUUGUGGUUGUCAUCAUCCUAUUCUUGACCGCCUUGGGGGUCCUCCACCUCCUCCACAAGGCGGCAAUGUGGUCAUUCCGUAAUACACUAGACCGACUCGAUAAACGCCUUACGAGGGUUCAGCAAGACUCCAAGGCCAGCUCAGUAGGCAUCGAGAGGCAGCAGGAGAAGAUGAUAAUUAAUAUGAAUGAGAAAAUUGAGGCGCUAAGUAGCCGGUUGGAGGUCCUCGAGAGAGAACAGAAGGUGGUCCUGCAGGCCCUUACCAAUGUUCAACAAGAUCAUAAGACCUUCCAGCACGACCGGGCUAAGAUCAUGAUAGAGUUUGUGGACCAACGGAGAAUAAUGCAGCAACAUAUGGCCAGAUUGAAGGAAGCCCGACUCAAGCGUAAGGAUAACCCUGGGAAGACCAAGUCGGGAAAAGGAGGCGGUGGAAAGGGAAAGGAAGAUGCCUGUCGGUGA